CGACAGUCCCUGAAAGCAGCAAACAUUAGCUAGCUAGCCAGCGGGCUAGAUUAGCAUAGUGCUAACAACAGAAUGGGCUUGCAAUUGCUUGAAAGGACCGGUGACCUCUGCUUGGCUUCCAUGCUCUGAAAGCAUCUUGUUUCUCUAUCGCCGGUAUUAAAAAAAAUGGAUGUCAGUGAAUGUGUUUUAUCGGCAGGCAGGGCCGUGCUGGACAUGGUGGAGCGGGAGUGGCAGCCUCUGUCUGCGGGCGAGCUGGAGCACAGGCUGGACCAGGCGGUGGAAGAGAUCCUGGAGUCACAGCUCCUGGCAAAACUGGAAAAGCAGUCCCAUCGUCGUCCUCCUCCUACCAAUACUAUUUACGUACAGUUACUACAGAAUCAGGUGGGGCCCCAAGUUUUACACACAGCAACAACAUCCAGUCCGUCCGAGCAGGAGGAAGAGAAAGAGGAGGAGGCUGCAGAGUCCCAGGAGCAGGGUGAUGCUGUGGAUAAUCCAGCGAUCAAGUACAUUUCAGACCUACUUCAAAGCUCCAAAUCAAGGACACGAAUGGCUGGACGGGCUCGCUUAUCAAUGUCCCACACUGUCCUCCUGUCUCUCACACUGCUGUCCGAGCGAGUCAGUUACCGCACUGUGUCCCGCCGCUUCCAGCUGGAGAAGGGAAACAUCCACAGGAUCUUCUUCUCUUUCUGCCAGCGCAUAAACAUGCUGGAAGAGAGGCACAUCAAAUGGCCAGCUGGGAAAGAGGCUGUAGAGGCACUUUUCCCAUUCUCCAAUCUAAUUGGAAAAAAGGAACUAGAAGGAGGAAAAGGUGUUCCUCAGGUUCUGGGAGUGUUGGGACACACCCGGAUCCCUAUCCGCCUGCCUAUAGGGAAACAUGAUGUGGAGAGCACCGUACCUGAGGUGAAGAGAAUGAAGAUGGAGGCCCCUCCUGACUCUUGGUUAAACCUUGAGCUUGUGUGUGACAUUAGAGGCCGGUUCUUGCACUGCAGAAUCAGUAAAGGAUCUCAUGUGGACAGAGGUCGUGCUCUAAGAGACAAACUCAAACAGAACCCUGACCUAAUGCCUUCCAGCUCCUGCCUUGUAGCCAGAGCUGGCUACCCACUUACUGAUCAGAUUUUUACCCCGUACACAGGAAGUCACGGACCAAGAGAGGCGCUCUUUAACAAGACGCUGGAGGAGCAUUUUCAGAUCCUGGAUCAGGCCAUUGCAGAUCUGAGAGCCAGGUUUCGGAGGCUCACGUAUCUGGAUAUUGGAAACUAUGACCGAGCCAGAGCUGUUGUGCUGACUGCCUGUGUGUUGCAUAAUGUGUUUCUGGACCUAGGACAGGCGGUUCAAGGAGAGAAGGAGGAAGCCACACCCCAAGAUGAAGAGGGGGAAGCGGAUGACGAGGGUGUACGCAGACGUGACUCCAUUACAGAUUUGCUGUUUAAAAGCUUUAAUCAUGGAAACGCGUGAACAUUUCAAUUUGUUAAUAAACUUCAGUUGUG